AUGGACCGCUUCUACCUUCGAGGGGGCAACCAGUAUAACGCGUGGGCCAAGCACGCCUUGGACUUUGAGAUGAAGACUCCAACGUUUGAAAAGAUGAUCCACCGUGUCAUUCGCCUGGUCGAGGCGGUGUUGUACGAUCACUACGUCAAUCCUCUGUCGAUGACCCAACAAGUUCUCAAGGGUACCGUCUUUAGCCAUUACCCGGCAGCUCUGUACGCUACAGACGUCAAGUUUUAG